UAGCAGCGGCACCAGCAUCAGGCUCAGGAUGGUGCUGGAGCUGUACCUGGACCUGCUCUCGCAGCCCUGCCGAGCGCUCUACAUCUUCGCCCGCAGCAACAACAUCCCCUUCGAGUUCAAGCAGGUGGAGCUGACGAAGGGGGAGCACAAGACAGAGGAGUUCCAGAAGGUGAACCUGCUGAUGAAGGUGCCUGCCAUGAGGGAUGGGUCUUUCACCUUAGCAGAGAGCAUCGCAAUCCUCCUGUACAUGGUCCGGAAGUUCAAGACUCCUGAUCACUGGUACCCGUCUGACCUGCAGAAAAGGGCUAGGGUUGAUGAGUACCUGUCAUGGCAGCACGUCAACAUCCGUGGCAAGGGGAGCAAGCUGUUCUUAAUGAAGGUGCUGCUGCCCCUCCUCACAGGGCAGCCGCUUCCUCCGGAGAAACUGGAAGGUGCCACUGAGGAGCUGAACGUUGUCCUGAAGCAGUUUGAGGACAAGUUCUUGCAGGACAAGCCCUUCAUCGCAGGCAAUGAGAUCUCCCUGGCGGACCUUGUAGCUCUGGUGGAGCUCAUGCAGCCUGUGUGUUCUGGCUACGACCUCUUUGAGGAGAGGCCGAGGCUGGCAGCGUGGCGCAGGCGGGUGGAGGAGGCGGUGGGCAAGCAGCUCUUCCAGGAAGCACACGAAGGGAUCCUGAACGUCAAGAACUUGACCGCUGAUAAGAUUGCACCUGAACUGAUGGAGAAUUUCAAGCAGCAGCUCCUAAAGCAGGCAGCCUGAAGCAGGGGGUUAUGCUCUCAGUAAAACAGAUUGCUCAGUGCAGA